UACAUAUUAAUUAUUAUUUAUAUUUUUAACAUGACUGAAAUGAUAAAUUAAAUUGUAUGUAUACACAGUGAAUAGUUUAUCAAGUCUUAUUGAGACACUGGACAUUAUAACUUAAAUAAAGAUAGACAAUAAUAUAGAAUACUAUCUACUAACUACAAAGCAAACAAAAUAUAUUUAUAAUAAUUAUAAAUACAUUAAAAUCUAGAACAAAGAACUAAACCACAAUUGUAUUUAAAUAUCAUAUUAUGAAUUAUGAAUAUGCAACCUGGAGAUAAACUGGAUCAGUAGCUAGUAAUGCUACAAGAGUGUUGGUUGAUUUUCAUUAUAAAUUAAUAAAAUAAUUAUAAUUUUUUUGAAGUGUUUUACGCCUUUAAGUUUGGAACUAGUUAAAUUGCUACAAACCAAUCAAAGUAACAAUAAUGCCUUUCGAUUGUGACUUUUCUAAAUCAUCACCAUUGGCAAGUAUUUACCAACAAAAUAUACUUGAAGAUUACGACUAUGAUAGUGACUACACAAAUAGAUUGUUGUUCUUGGGUAUAAAAUCAUAUUUUAAAAUUCUCAAAGUGAAAAAAGUAAACAAUCCUCAACUUUAUGGUAUGUAUUUACUAUGGAAAGACGAAUUAAAAGCUGGCGAUAGUUAUAAAUUGAAGGAAAGACAACUAUAUCACGCAACUUCACCAACAAAUGCUUUGAGUAUUUCACAAAAUAAUAUUGACUGGCGUAAGACCUAUAGGUCGAGAUUUGGAAUUGGUGCUUGCUUUUCAACAUGUCCAAAAUAUGCACACAGACAUUCAAGUUCAGAUGGAGCAUUUAUGAUUUGCAAAGUGCUUACAAAGAAAAUAGAAGUGGUAGAUGUCAACUAUGACUUAAAUGUACCGACAAAAUGUGAACAUGAUACUUCUUUGAGUAAUACAGGUAAAGUUUAUGUUAAAUAUGAUGACAAUACAUUUUACCCAGAGUUUAUAGUUUAUUAUCGUUAGUAAUGUGAAUGUAAUGCAACGAUUUUUUAUAAAUUUAUUGAAAAAAAUAGAACAUUAAUAUUUUUUAAUACAUAAAUACAAAACAACAUUUUUGAAAACUUAUCAAAAUGUUAACCCGACUAGAAGAAAGGUCAAAAAAGAGAUUCUAAGUUAAAUAUUUAGGUAAAUAUUAACAAUAGUUUUUGUAAAUUAACUGUUAUGUUGAAUAUACUUAAAUUAAAAAAUAAAACAUUAAAUGUAU